GUCUAUCAGUGCACAUGUACACACUCACUCACACAGACACACACAGUGAAAGCCCUUGCAGAACAAAUCAUCCACGAGGACCCCCUGACUCAGUGCUCUGGUUAAUGAUUAACCAAAGCAAUGCUGCUCACCAGUGGAAGAUUUUGUUAAAGCGCACAGCCAACCAUUGUGGACCUCAGAAACCCCACAGCAUCAGUGGACAGCACAGCAGACACAACGAAACUCUUUGACUCCAGACUUGAGGAAGGUCAAAAUGGAUAGAACCCUCUCCCCUCUUGUCCUCCUCCUAAUGCUGUCCUGCUCCGGGUUAAGCCUUGCCAACCGCGUGUACGUCCAUCCCUUUAACCUGUUCGCCUCGGACAAUGUCAGCUGUGAGACCAUCCAGACUCAGGAGACCAAGCCCUUGGAAACGGUCAGCGUCGCUCCGCUAAACAUCGACAACCUGGAACCGGACAGCAGGAACUGCUCCUGCUCUGACAACCAGGAGCACAACAUCACCCAGCGGACCGCCGUCCUGGCCGAGCUCCUCAACUCGCUGGGUCUGAGGAUGUACCAGGCCUUGAGCUCCAAGCAGAAGGACUCCAACACCCUCAUCUCUCCCAUCAAUUCCUUUGGCUCCCUGGUGACUUUCUACCUAGGAGCUUCGAAGAGGACUGCCAUCCCCUAUCAGCAGCUGCUGGGGCUCAACAAGGACACGGACAAGGAGGACUGCGUCUCCCUGGUGGAUGGACACAAGGUCCUGAAGACACUGCAGCGCAUCAACUCCCUGGUGGACGGGCCCAAGGACGAGAUCGACACCAGGGUCUGGUCCUUUGCCCGCCAAGACGUCCGUUUGGCAGAGGACUUUGUUCGAGGCACUCAGGACUUCUCUGACGUGUCAUUUAUCAGAGCAGUGGACUUCUCUAACGCACAAGAGGCAGAAGUGCAGGUGAACAGCUUUGUGGAGAAGACAUCAGGGGGUAAAGUGAAGGAUCUGUUCAAGGACCUGAGUCCAGAUACCAACCUGCUGUUCAUCAGCUCUGUACAGUUCAAAGGGAACUGGAAGACAGCCUUCCAGCCAGAAAAGACCUCCAUGCAGGAGUUCAAGGUGGACGAGAAGACAACUGUCUCAGUGCCCCUGAUGACCCACACCGGCCACUACCGGUACCUGAACGACAAGGGGCGGCGCUGUACUGUUGUGAAGCUGGCGCUGAGUAAGCGGGCCUACAUGCUGCUGGUUCUGCCCCACGAGGGGGCCAGCCUCAGUGACAUCGAGGCCCAGCUACGCUCAGAUGUCAUCUCAGGCUGGUACCAGCAUCUCAAAGAAGGACUCCUGGAACUGUCUCUGCCCAAGUUCUCCAUGGCGGCCUUGACUGACCUGCGCGUCCUGCUGACUGAUAUGGCGGUGGAGAUUGAGAAACGCCUGCUGGGCUCCGAGGCUGAGUUCGAGCGACUCAGCGAUAAGAAGCCCUUCAGCAUAGAUAAGGUGUACAACAAGGUAGUGUUUGAGAUGUCAGAGGAGGGUGCAGAGUCUCAGGACAGGAACCAGGAAGGAGGAGUUCCCCAGCCCCUGACCGUCAACAGGCCGUUCUUCUUCUCCAUUGUUGAGGGCAACUCCAACGCCAUACUUAUGCUUGGCAAGGUCACCAACCCAACACUCUAGAACAACUUAGCAACAUCAUCAUGACAACCAGCCUGGAAAAACUCCUAGAUUAUCUAAAAAUGCCCAAACUAUUAAAAGACUGUCAGUGUUAACUCUCAACAACUGCUCUGAGAUAUAAUAAUAGUUUAUACAUAAAACGUUAUGAUAGUUUGCUGCAGCAUUAAAGAUCAUGUAGAAUGAUCCAGAGUUCAGAUUAGGUGUUGUUAAAUCUAGUAAGUAUUCAAGACUAGAAGAUUGAUGGGGGAAGUAUUAUCACCAAGAUGUUGAAAGACACGGAGGACCAGAAAACAGGUUUGAGUGUAGAGACAGACAUGAUGCAUCCAAACAUAUUCCCUGAGCACAGUGGGAAGUCAUGUGCUGCCAAAUCAUUAUAGAUUUGUUUUCUUUAAAUUCUCACGAAACGCCAUAUUUUGUUUCUGUGGUUUGUAGUCAUACAAUUGUGUACUGUAUGCUGUACUGAAAGUUGUGGUUCUUUGAGAUGUGUUACUUAAUAGUCUAAAUGAGUAGAUUUCUAUCAUGUUGAGAGUUUAUUUUUGUCUUGUGGUUUGUUAUUACUCAAAUAAACCAACUUGUUUCUCAA